ACCUAAAAAGCAGAUUGAUGAGCGAAUUUCUUCCUCCGGAUUCACCGACAGAAAUCAUGUUUAUUUGCACCUUUGAGGACUGUUCUGCCAGCUUUAACAAGAAAUGGAAAUUGGUUGAACAUGAGUCCAAACACACCGGCAUUAAACCGUUUGUAUGUCCCCAUGAUGGGUGUACCAAGGCCUUCACUAGAAAGCCUCAUCUACAGAGACAUCUUGGUUCUCACACUAAUCAAAAGGAUUUCUUAUGUGAGGAGAUUGGAUGUGGGGCAGCUUUCAACAACAAAGAUAAUCUUAAAAGGCAUAUUAAAAGAGUACAUCAAGGCAGACAAUAUAAGUGUGAUCAUGUCGGUUGUGGUAAAACAUUCAACAAACAUCAACACCUCACUGUACAUCAGUAUGUCCAUACUAACAUCAGACCAUUCAAAUGUGAAGAAGAAGGAUGUGAUGCAAGUUUUCUAAUUCCAAGCAAACUUAAACAACACAUGAAAGUUCACCAAGGGUAUACCUGCACAAGAGAAGGAUGUAAUGACUGGUUCAGUAAGUGGAGUGAACUAAGAGCUCAUUUAGCUACCCAUGCAUCUGAAUUUCCCUGUGAAGAAUGCAGCAUGGUGUUCAACAAGAAACACAAGCUUCGUAAUCACAUGAUGGUUCAUGCUACUGAGAGAGAAGUCUUUGUCUGUCCUAAAGAUGACUGUGAUAGAAGAUUUAUGAAGCAUGAGAGCUUGCGGCUUCACAUCAGUAAGUUCCAUGAGGGCGCUAGACCAUUUUCUUGUUCUCACUCUGGUUGUAUGAAGACGUUCAGCUAUAAGAAGUCGUUAGUUCAACAUCAAGUGGUUCAUCAACCAGGUUAUCAAAAACCACCUCCUAAGCCUCGGAAGAGACGUAGUCUUGCUUCAAGACUUGCUGGCCAUGGUGACGUCGAUGAGCCUGAUCUUCUCUCAAGUCCUCUUCAUAUAUUGACCUUUGACCCUGGAAUAGAAGACCCUCUAAUGAGCCCUAAUGUGAACACUACACAAUCCAGUGAUAUCCCAUCUACUUCAACCUCAGUGACCUUUGACACUACUAAGGAAGAUUCACCAAAAAGGUCAAAGUUGAAUACUGAACAUUCAAGAGAGAUAUCUUCUUCAUCAACCUCACUGACCUUUGACACUAGACAGGAAGACUUGCCAAAAAGGUCAAAGGUAAAUACUGAACAUUCAAGAGAAAUCUCUUCUCCAUCAACCUCACUGACAUCUGAAACUAGAAAGGACUCUCCAAAAAGGUCAAGCGUGAAUGAUAAACAAUCAUGUGAUUUCCCUAGUACUUCAACCUCAGUGACCUUUGACAACAGAAAGGAAGACUCUUCAAAAUGUUUCAAGUUGAAUUCUGAACAAUCGAGAGUGAUUCCUCCUACAUCUACCUCUGGACAGAAAUGUCUACCUUCAGUGACUUUGUCUAGGAAGGGCUCUCUCAAAGCUGACAAGAAGAAGAAGAAAACAUUAUCCCAAGUUGAUGAAAAUAACCUUGAUGUGUAUGCUACAAAUAUUCUUCUAAGCAUGCAAGGAAUAGAAUGCACGUCACCUGACUCUGAUUGGAGGUCACCUGACUCUGGUUGGAGGUCACCUGACCUUGAUGAGAGUAAGGACAAGGAAUUCUCAGAGACAAUUGAUCACACAGACACUCUAUCAAUGGACUGUUGUUUUACAAAUAAUGAGAGAAUAAAGGCAAAGUAAUUUCCUGUUUUAAGAUAAGUGUUUGUAAGGUGUGAAACAUAGGUCUUGCCAUUGACUUAGAAUCUUCUGAACAGUUUGAAAUUACAUUUGAUAUUUUUUAUACUAUCCAACCGAAAGUAAUUCAUAAAUCAUGAUUUACAUUCUCCAACUGAUGAAAUCAGUCUAAAACAUGUUAGCCAUACAUUAAGACUACCAUGGUACAAGUUUAAGGGAUAUCUUCUUUUCCUUUUUUACUGUAAGUUUUGGAAAAUUAACCUGAUAAUCAUUGGAAAACUUAAUUAUUCUUUACAAUGAUGUGGCGAUUUUGUUGUGAUUAUGUAAUCCUGGAAUGUUUAGUCACCAAGAAUAAAGGGCAUAGUCAAAUGUUGCUAAAUGCAUUAUACCAAACACAUUUGACUUCUAUGGGAAUACACCAUGUGUGGAUUUCAAGCAUAGUUGCAUCAAUGUCAUUUAAACUAGGUCCAUCCUUCAUUCAUUCAUGGUGCAUCAACAUCAUUCAAAUUAGGUCCAUCCCUUCAUUCAUCCUUGAUGAAUUGGGAAUUCAGAAAUGAAAACAACAGGUUUUUGCGAUAUUUCAUUUUGGAUAUUGUUGCAUAUUCAUCACUUCAUGAGCAUAAGAUGUGACAGAUCAUUGUAAAGAGAUAUAAUCAUGCUUUCUAAUGACACCAUAUUCACAUAUGAUGAAGCUUUAGGAUUUAUAUUUGCACCUCACUCUUGAGUUCCAUUAUUUUGGAGGUUUUAUAUUUUUAAGUAUUUAGUUCCUUUUGCUGUUAAAGAGUAUUAUUUCAUUAAAAGAUACAACAAAUUCCACACUGGUGCCAAAUCAUUGAAUGAUAUUUCAACAAAGGAUGCUCUAAUAAUAAUUAGGUUCAUUGAAUAUGAAUUAAAAUAUGUAUUGAAAUUUGUCGCGUUGGGGUGAUGUUUUCUAUAUUAACUGUGCUUAGAGUGGUGCAACAUGGUUAUUAAAAGUCCAAGAAAAUGUUCUUUCUAAAUGGACUUAUCUGAAGGGAUGAAGGAAAGUUGAGUUUAACUUCCCUAUCUGUAAUCUGCUGGUACUGGUGAAAUAACUUAACAUAAUUCAACUUGUAUGGUUAAGAACAUUAUUUUUAUGAGUAAAGAAACAGGGGUACGUUUGUUAACACUUGGACAAGUUAGUCAUAUCUUUAUCCACCAACCACGGAGUUAGUUCCAAUUUGACUAAACCCUUUCACAAAAGGAUUUUUAACUAGAAUACCUUGAUAUCGAUAUUAUCGGUAGAAAGUACAUACAAGACGUAGCCUUAGUCACAAAAAAGCAACAUUUUCAAAAAGUAAAAUUAUGAUAAAACUGCAAUUAUUGUGAUGAAUUUGGAAAUACAUCUAAUCAAAAUAAUAGCAGAGGUAAAAUAUGCAUCAAACAUACUUAAACCAUGCAGACUGAAGCAUUCAAUUGCUUGUUCUUUUGACAGUCUGUAAUGUUUCUCAAAGGACCAUGACUUUGUCAGUUUGUGAAUUGAGGUAAGACUUGAGAAAAUGGGGGUCGGACGUACAAAAAGGUUGAUUAUUUAGUGGAAUUGCCCCCAUGUUAUAUCACUACGUCAUUAAGAAAGAAGUUAUGACACGUGCCGCGGUUUUCAAAGUGGGGGGCUGACCAUGCAAAAAAUCACAAUCAUAUGGUCAUUUUUACCUUUUUGUACACGGCCCGUGACACAUUCGGAGGUGUCAUGAAUAUUUAGUCAGGUUGUUGUCCCUGAUCUUGGCAAAGAAAUGGUUAACAGACAAGUAGCUCAAUAUCUCCAAUUUAGUUAAGAAGUUAGACUUAUGACGGUGUUGAGAAACGGGUUUCCAGGUCUCAUUAGAUGGAAGGGCUAUGGUGUGAUAUUUAUGAACCUUGCUAUUUGCCUUUGAUCCCAAAGCAGGUGCCCAAGUAACUGGAAAUUAUCAAAUGCCAUCUGAAGUCAUUUUUUUUACUGCUGUUUGAUGAUUAUAAAGAGCACUUUUGUUUUAGGGGAAUCAGUAUAAUUACAGACUUCUUAAAAUCAUGUAUUGUGGUUGACCUGGGGAGCGUUUCAUGGAAGGACUUGUCAGACAUCUCAUCCAACAAGUCCCAUCUUAUCUGACAGUUACCAUGGUAACAUUACUUUUCAUCCAAUCAAAAUGAGUUAAAGAUGUCAGAUCUGAUAACUUGUUGAUAAAAUGUUGAAGAAAUGCUCCUGUUAUCAGAUGUGUGAGAAGACACAUCAUAUUAAAUGAGUUUAAGCUGCUAAUGGGUAUGCUGCAGGUUUGUACUUAUUUGUAUUCACUAUUAAAGGUAAAGGAUUCUAUUGUUUUUAUUCAAAGGCAUUGUGCAAUCAUCAUUUGAGGUAUUAUUGGAUGUCCCAAUAAUCCUUGUUUUCAAAUAAAACUUCAUGAAUAUCAU